AGCAGGCUUUUGGCCUCUCAGUCUUUAUUUGUAAACAAAAUUUUGAAACACCUCAGUAGGAGGCAGCCUUAAAAUGCCGCCAAAAAAACAGGGCAAAGGAGCCGCGAAAAAGAAAAAGGAGGUGGACUGGGCCUCUGAUGAGCAUUUCACCAAGGAUCGCUCCAUGAUCUACAUUGAGCAUACCCUCGAGUGUCCCAUUUUCCAGACCAAGGCCGAUGAGUGCUGCACCUUUCUGACGCAGAGGUUUCCGGAGCGCAAGUUCCAGCUGGUGAAGAACAAGUACGGACGCCUUAUACCUCGGGAUGGAGCCUUCGAGAUUGGUUUCUCCCAGAAUGCCCGCACCUCCGUUCACCUAAUCUGGUCGGGUCUGGAUAAGGGUCCCCCUCGAAGGGACAAGUUCCCCAGUGAUUAUGAAGCCAUCGUUCCCGAUGUGCAGAGGGUUCUCAAGAAAUUCUAUCCCGACAAGGCAGUGGGCCUGAGCGAUGAGGAGGAUGCAGACGAGAACAAGGAACAAGAAAUGUAAAAUUCAUCGUUAUACAUUUUAAGUUUACCAUAACAAUGGCUAAUCCGAAAGCAAAAGUAAACAAUCAGCCAAGAAAAACCUGUUGGGGAGACGUCAUCAUCAGCAUCCCCCAACACGUGAAAGUGUUGUGCGAAAUUGCUCUUAUUGUUGCCUGCCAUCACAACACAUCAACAUUUGACAGCUCUUUUCACCGGCUAAACGCUUAAAUCGACCAGAAUAAUUAACCAAAUACAAUACUCGCACAUCAGCAGUCACCGCAGA